CUUAUUUCUUUCUACCCAGUUCGACCCUCUCUCUACGGUGUACUAUUCAUCAUCUUCCUCCUCCAUUCUCCUUCAUCUUUCACUCAACUUCAAGCCAAAAACUUGGGUUUUUGUGGGAUUUUCGGGUUUCUCUCUAGAUUUCUAGGUGUUCUUGAGUCUUUGGUGAAGCUUUUGAGCUUUCUCCAAGAGGUAUCAUACUCAUCAUCGCUCAUCUAGCCAAGAUGUCAAGACGUCAAACCGAAGCGAGCAAGAGGCCUAGGGAAGAAUCCUCCUCCGGCCCCGUGAGGAAGAUUCAUUCUGAACGGAAUGUUGACUUGGUUAGAGCCACCUCCUAUCCUCCUCUUGUCACUCUUAGGGCUUAUAUUUCAUCUAGAGGGUUGACCAACUUAGCUUCCAAAAAUGAUGCAUUUGAUGAAAGUUGUGUUAGAGACUUCUAUAGGGGUUUUCCUCCGGCUAAGCCUACUAUUAAGGAAGUUGUGGUUAAGAUUCGAAAGAAGCAAAUCACACUCAGUCCGGCAUUCAUCCAAGAUUUUCUUGAUUUGCCACAUAUUUCGGAGGAUGAAAUAGAAAAAUUUGAGGACAAAUACAAUGCGUUAACACUACCUUAUCUUGCGGAGCAUGUGCUAGAGAGUAAAGAUGCAUAUAAGAGUAGAGUUGGCCAAAAAGUUCAUCAAGGUGAUUUUCCUCAACCUUAUCGAACCUUUUGGCAAUUUGUUAGGAGAAAUAUUAGUCCUCACACCCAAAAGUCCGAGAUCCCUACGGUUGGUGGCAACAUUCUUGUUCUUAUGGUAGCGAAUGAGAUUCCUAUCUCAUUUGCCCUUAUUAUCUAUGAGGCCAUCAUUUCGUGUGCUUAUGGUUCGCCUAGGAGCCAAUUAGUCUUUCCUUGUCUCAUCUCACGCAUUUGUAAGACCAAAAGGUUCCACAAAUGUCACGUGACGAUAAGUGGCUCAAGGCUUAUUCUCCAUUAGAUGAUGAAGCCAUUCUUAGGAGUGAGGCCCAAAUUACCAAUGCUAGACAUGGUACCCCAUCUUCUUCCUCCAUUCCCACUCCAUCUAGCAUUCCCACUAGCUUUUCUUUGAGUUCCUUUGACAUUUCAACUUUGAAAGGUCGGGAUGCUAGAUUAUUGGCACGCCUUCAAAUCCGUCAAAAUGAGGAAAUAAUGAGAGGAAUUGGUACUAUCAUGGCUCGGCUUGA